AUGGGGCGUAGGACAUGUGGGACGAUCUUCAUCCUUCCCUACGCGCUCUCUACGUCGACACUGCUCGCAUCAUCGAACACCGAUGGCCUCAUCCGUAUCCCGCUGAAGAAGAGAUCGAUAAUGGACAGCAUCUACGGCGAGCUUCUCCCAAAGCCUAGCAGCGCGCUGGAGAAGACGAAGCAAGCCGCGGCAGGGCCAGGGAGAGAGGCCGUCGGCGUCGACGAUCCGGUGCGGGGAGCCAUCGCGCAAGCUCGCGAGCGGCAGCACCAGAUGCUGGUCGAGGCCGCGGCCACGGAGCGCAGGCGCAGGUACUACUGGAGUUACGGCGGCGGGGGCGCCAAGGCAAACAGCAGCGGUUUGCGUGAUGGCGUUGGCGGCCAGGGGGACAUCGUUGCGCUCAAGAACUUCCUCAACGCGCAGUACUUUGGCCAGAUUGGGGUCGGCUGCCCGCCGCAGAAUUUCACCGUCGUCUUUGACACCGGGAGCGCCAACCUUUGGGUCCCUUCUGCCAAGUGCUUUUUCUCGCUCGCGUGCUUAUUCCAUCCCAAGUAUGACUCAAGUCAGUCCAGCACUUACAAACCCAAUGGAACACCGGCUUCUAUUCAUUACGGGACAGGAGGAAUCGCUGGUUUUUACAGUGAAGAUCAGGUCACGGUUGGCAAUCUAGUAGUUCAGAAUCAGGAAUUCAUUGAAGCUACUCAUGAGCCUGGUUUCACCUUUUUACUAGCGAAAUUCGAUGGCAUCCUUGGGCUUGCAUUUCAGGAAAUUUCAGUUGAAGGCUCAGUUCCAGUAUGGUACAAUAUGGUGAACCAAAGCCUAGUGGCAGAACCUGUUUUCUCCUUCUGGUUAAACCGAAACCCAUUCGAUGGGGAAGGAGGCGAAAUUGUGUUUGGAGGUUCUGAUGACCAACAUUACAAAGGAAGCCAUACAUACACCAGAGUUACUCGGAAAGCUUACUGGCAGUUUGAAAUGGGUGACUUUCUUAUUGGAGGAAGGAGCACUGGAAUUUGUGUGGAUGGUUGUGCGGCCAUUGCAGACUCUGGAACUUCGCUGAUUGCUGGUCCUCUAGUUGCCAUUGCCCAGAUCAAUGAACAAAUUGGAGCAGCUGGGGUGGUCAGCCAUGAGUGCAAACAAGUCGUUGCUGGUUACGGGCUAGAAAUGGCAGAGCUACUGAAAGCUCAGCAGACACCACCAUCACAGGUAUGUUCGAAGAUUGGGCUCUGCACAUUCGACGGAACACAUGGAGUAAGUGCCGGUAUCGAGAGCGUAUCAGGAUCUGAAGAUGGCAUGUCGGAAGCUAUAUGUAAUGCAUGCGAGAUGAUAGUGUUCUGGAUGCAAAGCGAGUUCAACCCGAACAAGACCACGGGGGGCACAUUGGAGUACGUCGACAGGCUCUGCGAAAACAUGCCUGAUCCAGUGGGAUCGCACGUGGACUGCAGACACAUAGGCUCCCUACAAACUGUCGCGUUCAGCAUCGGUGGAAGAGCAUUUGAGCUCCGGCCUGACCAGUACAUUCUCAAGGUCGGCGAGGGAUUCGCUGCACAUUGCAUCAGCGGGUUCACGGCUCUGGACAUUCCCCCUCCAGUAGGCCCUCUAUGGAUACUGGGGGACGUCUUCAUGGGAGCCUACCAUACCAUCUUUGACUACGGCAAGAUGAGGAUUGGGUUUGCGGAUUCCGCAUGA